UUCGAUUUCGAGGUAGAUUACACAGCUGACACUUUUAUAUUGGAUUGCCGACUUUGCCGAGUAUGUUACGGAACAUUUAUUUGGACGAUACAUUUUGACGUUCUCCCGACGACAAGGAGAAUGGUGUUUUGACUAAGGAGUUGCGUAUCUUGAACGUACUGUAUUUCUCCUCAUUGCUCAACUUUUAAGCGAUCGUCGAUCAUAUUCGUAUCGUACAAUUACAGUGUCGUUUUGAUCAAAUAUAUCAAUUAAUUAAAACAAUGGCAACUCCAAAAGUAUGGGCGAAAAUACAACCCUUAGAAAAUCCUGUCAAUCUACUGGAUAUCACAUCAGAACAGCUGGCCGCGAGUAUGCAAGAAAGAGAAUUGAAACAAUAUUUCAAUGACGAUGGCGCAAACAAAAAAAUUGACAAAAAUAUGGGAGAAACGUAUGAUGCGAGCGAUACCGGUAAUGAUGAAGUUAUAGCGAAUUUAUUGCAAGCACAGUUUAAUUGGGAGUAUGAUACGAUGUUAAAGCGCACAGAAGAAAAAUUUAAUCGUGAUGCGAAAGUGAGUAUUUCAUAUAGCAAUUACCGUAACUCUUCGCACGACACUAAGGAUGAAGACAAUGCAGACUCUAAUAUGGAUGACAGCAACAGGGACUUUGAUCGUUUUGUUAGCAUAGAGAAAGAAUAUGCUUCGAUACCACGUUGUGGUUAUAAGAAGAUUGGCAAAGAUUCUCAGAUUGUUACAAAACAUGAUAUGUUAAUGUCUUCCAGAAUAAAUGCUUGUCGAGUGUUACAGUUUCCACCAGGUAUCCACACAGGAGAUACAGGUGGGUUUGAUGUCAAACUGAACAAUAAAGUAUAUAACACUCUGCGUGCAUACAGUCGCGCGCAAUACUCCAAGGAGAGAGCAAAGGUAUCACCAAAAUCUAAAAAUUCGAAAUAGAAUGUCAAAAAGCUCCAACAAAUAAUUCUUUUCUGCAUCCCAGCAAUAUUUCACUAUGUUAACAUGUGUUAGUAUUUUAUAUUUGUUAAAAACUAUGGUAACAGAAUAUUAUGUUAUAAAGUUGCAAAUUAUGAUAGAAUACUGCAUAUAAGAGUUUUAUCAUAAAUCUGCUUUAUCAUGGUAAUAAAAAAUAUUUUUCAACAAUUGACAAAAAUACUGAUAAAUAUCAUUAACAGGGUAUGGAAUAUCUCUGCUCUCACAAUUGUAUUUACACCUACUUAUUGUAAAUACAUGCAGCAUAAUAUGAUGAAA